AGCAGGGAAAGGCUUUGGGUGGCCACAGGGCAAAGGGUGGAUUUCUGAACCUCGUCAAACAAGUCCAGCUAGUCGAGUUUAAUGAUUGGCUGCCGAGACAACCAUGGCGGUGCUCAAGAUCGUCGCGCCUGUCCUCAUCGCUGUCCUCGUUUACUAUGCCUAUACCUGGGAAAGUUUCUCCGAAGGUAAGCCAAGGGAGAAGGGUUGCCUCUUCUGAAACGUGGCCUUGAUCGUCUCUUGCACAUAAAUGCCUCUGCCGUUCUCAGGGAUGUUUGCAUAUAGCUAGCGACACCAGACAAGCACCUUUGCUCUGCUCUUGUUGCAUGCCCUCCAACAUUUAUCCGAUGAAAAUAGGGACUUCCUGUUCCAUAAUAAUCAUCAUAAUGAUAACAACAACAAUAAAGAAGUUACUAUUUAUACCUCACCCACCUAGCUUCCAACAUAUAUGAAAAUAUAAUAAAACAUUGAAAAAUUUCCCUAUACAGGGCUACCUUCAGAUGGCUCAGGGGUCGGAUCACUACCCUCCAACAUUUCUCCAAAGAAAAUAGGGAAGUCCUAAGGAAAAGCGGGACAUUCAGGGAUCAGAUCAGAAACCCGGAGAGCUUCUGUAAAUAUGGGAUUGUCCCUGGAAAAUAGGGAAGCUUGGAGGGUCUGUUGUUGGCACUUGCUAAAAACUUUUUUUGUUUAGACUACCCUAUCCAGAUACGUAGAACCUGGCCCAUGUUUUACAUUAGUGUUUGUUGUUGUUGUUGUUGUUGUUGUUGUUGUUGUUGUUAUUUAACUAUCCCUUCACCCUAAGGUUCCAGAGCGGGUUACAACAAAACACAACUUUAAAAACAGUUUAAUUACAAUCACUGGGGGGAAAGGUGGAUCCUAAAGACACAGGUGCCAGGGGAAAGAGGUGCGUCUUUUGAAAGCUGUAUAACGAAAGUGCAUCUCUGUGAAGUGGGAGUUCUGCAGCUUAGAGGCCACCACAGAAAAGACCCUCCCUUGGGCUGCCACCACCCCUGAGACUCUGGGGUAAUGAUCAUUUAUUCUGAUUUAAUAUUUGAACGUUUUAAAGAAUUGCUUUCAUCAACUUUGUUGUUUCGUAAUGGUGUCGACGUUCUGUUACAAUCCAGCCGUAUAUCGAUCUUGUGAAAUGAAAUCAAUUACUAGGGAGGAGGCAGUAAUACUUCUAAAUCCCCAUUGCUGGAAGCCACUGAACGGGAGAAUGCUGCUGCGCUCAGAUCCUGCUUGUGGGCUUCCCAUUGGGGCAUUUAGUCAUCCACUGUGAGAACAGGAUAGUUUGGAUAGCUCAGUUGGCUGAUAAUACCAAGGCUGCAGGUUCGAUCCCCGUAUGAGGACAGCUGCGUAUCCCAGCAUUGUAGGGGGUUGGACUAGAUCAGGCAUCCCCAAUCUCAGCCCUCCAGAUGUUUUGGGACUACAAUUCCCGUCAUCCCUGACCACUGGUCCUGUUAGCUAGGGAUGAUGGGAGUUGUAGUCCCAAAACAUCUGGAGGGCUGAGUUUGGGGAUGCCUGGACUAGAUGACCCUAAGGGUCUUUUCCAACUCUAUGAUUCUGUGACUGCAUGGGGGCCCCUUUGGCCAGACUCUCCUUCUAUCCUUACGUUUCUGUUCUUAUGAACUUCAGUGCAAAACAUUCUGGAUCGCGGGCGGCUGAUGUUGACCAUCUCCUUCUCUCUCUCCAGAAAUGGUGCGAGGGAAACGGGUCCUGGUGACGGGGUCAAGCACAGGGAUAGGGGAACAAAUGGCCUAUGAGUUCGCCUGGAUGGGGGCCCAUUUGAUGCUGACAGCGAGGAACGCGACACGCCUCCAGAAGGUAAACUGUUAAUCCCUUGACCCCAAUGUAGUUAAACUCAGGUUCCUUGAUUCCAAUAGUCUUAGUUUGGCUACAACCCUUAGCCUCCCCUCCCCUCUCAAAAAUACCCCCCUCAUCUCUUCCUUCCUCAUCUGGCCCUCCUUCUGACCAAGCUCCCCUCCCACAAGAAUCCGUUGUUCAAUAAUGGAAACCAGUUUAGUUUAGCCAUGCCCUGAUGGUGACCAUUGGCUUGUGGGAACAUGGAGGCUUUUUUCCUGAUGGCACCAGCAUUAUGGAACGCCUUCCUUGCUCUAAGGCGUUGGACUAGAUGACUCUUGGGGUCUCUUGCAACUCUAUAAUUCUAUGAUUUUAUGACUCAUCAUCACUACUGCUAUUCUACUGGUUUUUAAAGACACACUUGUUUCCAAUGAACAUUCCCCUAAACUUGAACUUCCUGAUCCAACUGUUUUGAUUUUGAUUUUUAAAAAUAAUGGUGCUUUUAAACUGGCUCGCUGUAUAAUAAAUUUUGUGGCUGUUUUUUACUGCUCAGAUAGGAUUGUUUUAUUGUGCGUUGUAGUAUUUUACAAUGGAUUUUAUACUUGAAAACCACUUAGAAGCCAUUUUCAAUUUCCCUCUUUAUUUUUAUUUGUUUUCUCUUUUUUGCAUAAUUUUUAUUAAGUUUUUUUUAAUUUUACAAUUUAGAAUAUUCAUUUAAACAACCUUAAAAUAUCAAUGACUUCCCUUCUUCUCUUUCCAUGGUUCAGUUUGCAUGCCAUAAAAGGUAAAGGUAAAGGUACCCCUGCCCGUACGGGCCAGUCGUGACCGACUCUGGGGUUGCGUGCUCAUCUCGCUUAAGAGGCUGGAAGCCAGCGCUGUCCGAAGACACUUCCGGGUCACGUGGCCAGCGUGACGAAGCUGCUCUGGCGAGCCGGCACCAGCGCAGCACACGGAAACGCGUUUACCUUCCCGCUAUAAAGCGGUACCUAUUUAUCUACUUGCACUUAGGGGUGCUUUCGAACUGCAUGCCAUAGAUCCCUGCAUAUUUCACAUAAACUAAGCCAUCCAAUAUUCCAUUUUUACAUCCAUCAAAAUUUAUUUACACUGUUGAAUUUAUCUUAAAGCUGCCAACCUUUUCAAGUGUAGACAAUUUUCACCCAUGUAUUCAACAAACAUUUCCCAGUCUUCUUUAAACGUAUACUCUUCUUGUUCUCUUAUUCUAUAAGUUAAGUCUGCAAGCUGCACAUAUUCCAUCAGUUUAAGUUGCCAGUCUUCUUUAGUUGGGACCUCACUCGUUUUCUAUUUUGGGGCUCAUUUUCCAUUUAUUUGUUUCCUCCAGGUAGUCCAGAAUUGUCUGAAACUGGGAGCCGCCUCUGCUUCGUACGUCGUUUCAGAUAUGAGUGACUUGGCUUCUGCCCGGAAUGUUGUGGAAGAAACCAAGAACGUCUUGGGUAAAGAUGGAAGGCCAGUCCCUAGCCAGUCUUGGAGGGGAGGCAACUGUUCUUCCAGUUCCCAAAAGGCUGCCACACAAGCUACCUGAGGCGCAGGCAAAGGGCUCCUUAACCCUUUCGUCUUGAGGGGAACAGCUCCAAAGGCAUUUGCCGGCUUCUGCCCUGGGACACCUCAGCUAUUGGCCUUGUCUGCCUGCAUCUUGGCAAAGAUCAGCCCAGAGAUCUUUUGAUGAAGGAUGGUAUAUCAUCAUCAUCAUCAUCAAACCUUUUAUUGGCAUCACAUACAAACAUCCAUAGCAAAUCAAUACAGAAUUACCACCUUCCCAGUGACACAAAACGUUUGUCAAAUGAAAGAGGCAAAGCAGUCUAGUAUUACAGCUCUAGGUCUCCAGGGAAAUCAGACGUCUGCAAUGUGUUUCGACGACAAAAAACCAGAUAAAGAUAUUUAGCCACUAACCUGGUGAGCUCCUGAUUAUUCCCCAAUAAUAGAAAAUGUAUGACCUCUAACUCUGGUUUCCAUUUGGGGAUGCAGAGUUGAUCUAGGAACUGCUGGUGGAGAUCAACAUAUAGUUUACAUUUACGAACCAUAUGUGUAAGAGUUUCCACUUGAUGGUCUUCACAUGUGCAAAUUCUUUCUCCUUCUACCAUUCCUGAGAACCUUCCCCAUAGGAGGUUUGAAGGAUUUGAAUUAAACCUGGCCAGGGAGGGAGGGAGGGAGGGAGGGAGAAGGAAGGAAGGAAGGAAGGGGGUUGACCAGCAUUUCCCAACCUGAUUGGCCUUCCAGAUAAUUUGGACAGCAACUCCCAUCAGCCCGUCAUUUGAGAUUAAUAGAUUUUGACUUGUUUCCAAUUUCUCAUUGAUUGGGUGUAUCUUCCAGCUCUGUGAUUCUGUGAAAGCUGGUGUCACCGGAUUACGUUCAUCAGUUUUGUUGACUUGGUUAACCUAAAUAGUUUGAAGUGGGUUUUGAAUACAUGGGCAAUUCAUAGUUACCAUUUUGAAUGUCAUUGCGUUACUAUCUUCCUUACUGGCUUGCGCAAAUCAAGCUUCUGAAUAAUGCUUUUUAUUGGGUAAGGAGAAAAAAGUUCAGAAAACCUGUCUUAAUGCAAGCCUAACCAAAUUUCUCCUUGCGUUCCUACAUUGGGAGGGCACCAGGCUUGCGAAGGCUGGUAUCAGAGAAUCGUAAGGUUGGGAGGGACCCCAAGGGUCAUCUAGUCCAACCCCCACAACAAAGGAACCGCAGCUAAAUCAUGAAAGGACUGAGCUCGGCACAGGCUGGUUUUCAGGGGUAGCCUAUAUGUUGACAUGAGAAGAGGCUGAGCUCGGUCCAUCUCCUAAGAUGGUUGUUGCUCUCCCUCUUCCACUCAGGGUCUCUGUGCUCUUUUCCCUUGCAGGGGGGCUUGAUCUGCUGGUUCUGAAUCAUGUCGGUGGAAAAAUCGGUUUUGGCCCGUACCAAGGAGACAUGGAAUCUGUGAUCAGCUCCAUGACGGUCAACUUCUUCAGCUACGUCCAGGUCACCGUGUCGGCCCUGAGCAUGUUGCAAGAGUCCCAUGGCAACAUCAUCGUGGUAUCAUCCAUAAGUGGUAUGGGCAGGCGACUGGAGACCCCCCCCCCAGCCUAAGUGAUCUUGGGAGGUCCAAACUUUCCGAGCACAAUUCAAAGUGCUGGUGCUGACCUUUAAAGCCCUAAAUGGCCUCGGCCCAGUAUACCUGAAGGAGCGUCUCCACCCCCAUCAUUCAGCCCGGACACUGAGCUCCAGCUCUGAGGGGCUUCUGGUGGUUCCCUCACUGUGAGAGGUGAGGUUACAGGGAACCAGGCAGAGGGCCUUCUCGGUAGUGGCACCCGACCUGUGGAACACUCUCCCAUCAGAUGUCAAGGAAAUAAACAACUAUCUGACUUUUAGACAACAUCUGAAGGCAGCCCUGUUUAGGGAAGCUUUUAAUGUUUGAUGUAUUUAUCGUGUUUUAAAAAUUCUGUUGGGAGCUGCCCUGAGUGGCUGGGGAAACCCAGCCAGAUGCACGACGUAUAAAUGUAUUAUUAUUAUUAUUACUACUACUACUACUACUACUAGAUGGGCCAUUGGCCUGGUUAGCAGGGCUCUUCUUAGGUCCUUCUAGGGUUCCUGCCUCUAAAUUUCCCAAUCCUCUGUUAGUUAAUUUAUUGGAGAGCACUCACACCCCAUUCUUCUGCUGAAAAAAACAUGAGGGGGAGAAAAUCCUUUCUGUCACCGCUUUCUCCAUGUCAGUUGUACAAACCAAUAUCAUGUCGCCCCCUUACUCGCCUCUCCUCUAAACUAAAAAGUCCCAAAGGCUGCAACGUUCCCUCAGAGGGGCAGUCGCUCCAUCCCCUUAACCCCUUUGGUUUCUGGAGAAAUAGAUUCUGCAACCUUCCAAGUAAGAAUAUGUUCCUGUUUUCUCUCAGGCCGCCUUCCAUCCCCUUUCUCCGUUCCAUAUGCCGCCAGCAAAGCUGCGCUGGAAGGAUUCUACAGCUCCUUGCGCACAGAGCUGCGCCUUCGGGAAAUCAACAUGCCCAUCACGGUUGCCGUGUUGGGGUACAUUGACACAGGUAAGCAGCCCCAGGUAGGGCAGCCGCUUAGUAGGGCUGGAUGAUAAUCCAGUGUUCAACAUUGUGAUAUAUCACCAGCGUUAUAAGAAUUCUAAGGUCUCAAAUGUAAAAUAAAUGUUCAUAAAUGUUCAAGGCAAACACAUACAUAUGUAUAUGAACCACGUGUCUGAAAUAGUACAGGAGAGCAAUCCUGAAGCCAUUUUGACACUCCCAAUGACCAAAUAUCCCUCUGCAGUAAGGGAGGAAAAUGGGGGAAGCCUUCCCAUUGUCAUUUUGCUUGCAAAUCCUGCCUUAAGGGUGUAUUUGUGUAUGAAUAGGGUGAGCCUGUGCCCUGGAUUCAGGAACUAAAGCAUUAACCAUCACAAAAGAAUGGCCAGACUGCCCAAGUAAUGCAAUCAGUGACCAUUCUCAGGUAUCCUGGAAGACAGGAUUUCUGCUGUAGACCGUCUCCUUCUGUGAUGGAUGGAUGCUGUUUUAGGGGGAUGGUCUUGGGCAACAGGGUGGUGAAUUUCAAAAGUCUAUACAGUGGUACCUCUAGAUGCGAACGGGAUCCGUUCCGGAGCCCCGUUAGCAUCUAGAAGCAAACGUAACCCACAACACACAUCUGCGCGCGCACGCGUCGCUUUUUGGCGCUUCUGCGCGUGCAUGUGACAUCAUUUUGAGAAUCUGCGCAUGCACAAGCGGCGAAACCUGGAAGUAACGCGCUCUGUUACUUCCGGGUUGCCGCGGAGCACAACUCGAACGCGCUCAUCCCGAAGCACAUUCAACCCGAGGUAUGACUGUAUAAGGGUUUGAACACCAUUGUUCAGGGUUCUCCUCCUUCCUGCAUGUAGGGACCCUGUUGCAACAGUUCCUUGAAUAAAGAUCAGGCUUACUAGCCGCUUUGCUUCUCAAUAUUCUCUGGUUGGCCUCUCUUAUUUUCUCCUACCGAUAGGGAACCCACUUAAGGACUCUGUACGGGCUCUUGGAUACCCCAUAAAAGAAAAGGAGCAGUUUUUUCUUAUAACACCAGCUAAACAUCGUGAUAUACAGGCAGGGAACAUUCCCAGCCCUACCUGAAGAUGCUGCUGGGGAGUUCAGACCUUCUCCAUGCAAGGGAGAUUCUCUGCCACCAAAUCAUAACCUUUCCCCUAAAACUAAAUCAAGGUUGUAGUCCUCUCUUUUUUGGGGGGACCAUAAGGACUAGAAUCAGCAGCAGCAAGGUAGACAGACCAGCAGCAACUUCCAAGGUCCUGGGGUGCCUGGUGCCCUUUCCACACUGACUUGCCUUCUGUGUUCUUUUCCACAGACACAGCUGUGAGGUCGGUAGAAGGCAAGAUGUCCCUGAAAGCAAGUUCAAAAGAGCUCUGCGCCCAGGCAAUCGUGAGGGGCGGCGUCAUGAGGGUGAGGGAAGUUUUCUUUCCUUACUGGCUCACGAAACCUGUGCUGCUCCUCAGAGAUUGGCUGCCAGGAGUCGUGGACCAGAUCAUUGGCAACAGCUACAUUCUGGAGAAAAUCCUCUGAGAAUUAUUUGUGGGAUGAACGGAAAAGCUACGAGUUCCGGUGCUGCAAAUUAGGGGGGGGGGCUUCCCGGCGCAUUUCUCAAUCUUUCUCUCUUUCUCUUGAAUAUUCAACAGUGUUUUAAGUGCAAAUCUCUCCUAAUAAACACAUUUUGUGUGCAGUUCUAACUCACAUACACAUUUCCCCUAAUAUAUGCAUCAAUUUUUAUGGUGUUCUUAUUUUUUGCAUAACCAAACAACAUAUGGUUUCAGGGAAGGGAUCUUCCCAAGCUUACCUGGAGAUGCCAGGGACUGAACUUACGGUAACUUCGGUGCACAAAGCUCUACCACUGAGCUGUGCCCUGCCCCUAAAAAUGAAGUAAGAUCCUAGUCCUCAUUGUUCUAAACAAAUAGCAGAUUUAAAUAGGAAUCUGCCUUACACCAAGUCAGGUCCAUCAGCCCUAUCUGGAGAUUCAACCCCAAGAGCUCCUGCAUGCAGAAGAGAUGGUCUGCCACUGAGCUGCACCCUUCCACUGAAAAUGAAGUAAGUUUCUAGUCCUCAUGGCUCUCAUUAAGAGCAGAUUUCAAAAGGCACCUGCCGUAUGCUGAGCUGCAGCCCUUCCCCUAUACUUUGUUGUUGUUGUUUUUUUGUUUAGUCGUUUAGUCGUGUCUGACUCUUCGUGACCCCAUGGACCAGAGCACGCCAGGCACUCCUGUCUUCCACUGCCUCCCGCAGUUUGGUCAAACUCAUGCUGGUAGCUUCGAGAACACUGUCCAACCAUCUCGUCCUCUGUCGUCCCCUUCUCCUUGUGCCCUCCAUCUUUCCCAACAUCAGGGUCUUUUCCAGGGAGUCUUCUCUUCUCAUGAGGUGGCCAAAAUAUUGGAGCCUCAGCUUCAUGAUCUGUCCUUCCAGUGAGCACUCAGGGCUGAUUUCCUUAAGAAUGGAUGCAUUUGAUCUUCUUGCAGUCCAUAGGACUCUCAAGAGUCUCCUCCAGCACCAUAAUUCAAAAGCAUCGAUUCUUCGGCGAUCAGCCUUCUUUAUGGUCCAGCUCUCACUUCCAUACAUCACUACUGGGAAAAACAUGGCUUUAACUAUACGGACCUUUGUUGGCAAAGUGAUGUCUCUGCUUUUUAAGAUGCUGUCUAGGUUUGCCAUCGCCUUUCUCCCAAGGAGCAGGCGUCUUUUAAUUUUGUGACUGCUGUCACCAUCUGCAGUGAUCUCCCCUAUCCUAGUGUUUCCCAAACAGAGGUCUCCAGCUUUUUUUUUCAGACUACAAAUCCCAUCAUCCCCAACCGCUGGUCCUGCUAGCUAGGGAUGAUGGGAAUUAUAGUACCACCAUAUCCUUUUGAAAAAGAGCAUUUGGAGGCAUACCCUCCCGCUAAGGCAUGAAGAUUUCUCCCCUCUCCCGGCCACCGGUAGCCAUUUCCUCUCUGCCAGAUCCGCAGUAGAAGCCACACCCCGGGAAGCAGCGUGCACCGGAGGUUUCUUUUUAAUUCACACAGCAUCUCCCCGUACACAAAAGUUGUUUAGGCCCCCGUCGGCUGAGAAUCAGGACCCGGGUUUUCAUUGUCCUCCUUCUCCUCAUCUUUGCUGCCUCUGAACUUGGCCAGCACAGGUGUGUUGAAAGCGGACGUGGGGCUGGAUGAGCUCUGGGAAGAUGUGGCGGCGUUGCUGGCAGCGGCCCUGGAAGGAGAAAAAACAUGGCAGGUGGUGAGGCUGGUGCGUCCGCCCCCCCUCGCCCCCCCCAGUAGGUUGAUGCUGCAAAGAAAGCUAAACAGCAUAAAGGACAUAAAGAGAAACUCACUGCAUCAGGCCAGUGGCCUGUCUAGUCCAGCCUCCUGCUCUCACAGGGAUCAAAUGCCCCCAGGAAUUCAAGAAUCAGGAUAGACUGCCCCUAGACCUGGAGGUUCCAUAAGAGCAUAAGGAGAACCCAGCUACUGUGGCAGGGCAGUGGCCCAUCUGGUCCAGAAUCCUGUUCCCACAGUGGCCAACCAGGUGCCCCCAAGGGGAGCCCACCAGCAGGACCCAAGUGCAAACUUGAUGUUUGAAGAUUGUCCACAAAAGUGGCCACAAUUAUUUUUUUUAAUGUCAUUUGUACAUUGCAAAAAUAGCAUAAUAAAUUUGCAAUGAUAUCUGCAACAUAUGAAUCAUUAUUAGUGGUCAGUGUACAAGUCCUUGGUUUAAAUAACCCAAGUGGAGUGGAUUAAAUAAAAAUAGCAAGUGGAAACAGGACAGAACUGCUCGGCUUCCUAUCUUUUUAAAAAUUAUUUUUUGGCCGCAAUCUUGAACUGUGCUGUUAAACUGGGGUGUGCCUUUCCAGGCGAUAAAACCAAAUGUAGCAUGCAAGAGAUUGAAGAGGACAAAAUUCUCUCUCUUGCGUAGAUUGGCCAUGGGAGAGGGGCUUUUUAGCUGUGAUUCCUGCAUUGCAGGGGGCUGGGCUGGAUGACCUUAGGGUACCUUCCAACUCUACAGUUCUAUGAUUCUACGAACUUCUGUAGAGCCACACCUUCAGGCCUCGUGAGGAACCAGGCAAGUUUGCCUCCAGGAAACCACUGGCCCAUUUUCCAGCCCCUUCCCUGGAAUAAAAUGCUCCCCCCCUUCCGUGCGUGUGUGUAUUUUCCCCGUGAGAACAAAAGGUGUCACGCCAGGUCUCGGAAGGAUUUCUGCACCUCGGGAAACUGGUGUAUUUCAGUCUACUGACAGAGGUGCUCCCCAGGAAUGAAGGGCGGAAACCGCCGGGGUUCAGCAUCACAGGGCGCAGGUCCACCAUGCUGUCGGAGGAGAGACAAAAUGGGGAUUAGACUCAGGAUGACAUUGGGAAGGGAAAAGAUUGUGAAAAGGAUGCUGAGAUCAUGGGAGGUGAGGUCUCCUUGCUCUGGACUCCUCCCUGAUGUGAGUAAGUCAAGGGAAGUAAUAGUACUGCUUGUGGCGUUUGCCCUCCUAGGUGGGUCAUAAGGAAAGGGAAGUGAUUGGCCAGUGGGAACCCAAGGAGAGGAGUUAGAGUUAGAGUUGUGUGGAAGUCAGUUGGGUGUUGGAGAAGGAAGAGGGAGGAUAAGUCUGUGGGUUGGUAGAGUUUUGUUGUGAGAGAAAGAGAGAAACUGUUAGGAGGAGUCAGAUAGACAGUUGGGAUAAUUAGUUAGAAGUUAUUAGAAAGGUAUAGGCCGGUAUAGAAACUAAGGAUAAGAAACUGACAAGAAAAAUUAUCUGAAACCAUAAACUUGUUCAUGCUUAUAAAAUAAACUUGAUUAUUUGUUUUUAAUGUU